AUGAUCACCCCAUCCUUUUCCCCCCUGUUGAGCAAGCUGUUCACCGUGGAGGUCCACAUCCUCUCAAGAGACGCAGACCUCCAUGGGGAGCAAGAUGAGUCAAACAACGCAUCGGACCAGAAGGCUGCGGAGCGCUCGGGCUCCGACGAGACACCGGAGACGGCGGCCUCCUCUGGCGAGAGGGUGGAGAAAAAGGGCAAAGGGAAGGUGGAUGGGGACGACGUCCCCGACCUUCGAAACUCGGCGGAGAUCGCCAACGGCGAGGUGAACGUGCCCACCACUUUCAACGAGAUGUUUCUGUUCAACGCGGCGGUGAUGGGCUUCGGCGACAGCAAGUGGAUGCACAUCGUCCUCGAACGCUUCGAUGCCAUGGCGACGAACGUGGCCAACACGAAUCGGAUCCAGGAAGAGUGCGAUGUGCUGACGCUGCUGCUGUCCGGCUACAAGCAGGUGUUUCUACAGGGCUGCCUUUGCGUUUUUGCCGCGGGUGCGCACCGGGGUGUGGGUUGGUUGGCCGUGGGAGCCUCCUUCCCACUUCUGCUUACGGCGGCUGUAGCUUCAAAGGGGCGGCAGCCGAAGACGCCGAGGAGGAUGUUUGGCCAGCUGGCAGACAUCACCGCCUCAUUUGUGGAAGAGCCGGCCGAAAAGACUCGACGGCGGCUCGGGCCACUACUGGAUGCGAUCAACUCUCUUGAGCCCCAGAUGAAGGAGAUGAGCCUGGAAGCCCUUCAGGGAGCCACUGCAGAGCUCCGACGGAGAGCACAGGGGGCCGAGCUUGAUGAGCUGCUUCCGGAGGCCUUCGCGCUGGUGCGCGAGGCCUCGGAGCGCGUCUUAGGCCUCCGCCACUUCGACGUGCAGCUGUUGGGCGGCAUCGUUCUGCACCAGGGUGGCGUGGCCGAGAUGGCCACGGGUGAGGGGAAGACGCUUGUGGCCAUCCUCGCUGCAUUCCUCAACGCGCUCCCGGGCCGGGGGGUCCAUGUCGUGACCACGAAUGACUACUUGGCCAGGCGUGAUGCUGCUUGGGUGGGCCGGCCUCUCCGGCUGCUGGGGCUCACUGUGGGGGUCAUCCAAGCGGACAUGAACCCAGAGCAGAAGCGCGCCGCGUACGCGUGCGACGUCACCUACGUCACGAACCAACAGCUGGGCUUCGACUAUCUCCGGGACCAGAUGGCCUGCAGCCCUGGGGAGUUGCGGUUGCGCUCAGAGGAGCCCUUUUCCUGCGCCAUCGUGGACGAAGCCGACUCGGUGCUCAUCGACGAGGGCCGUACCCCACUGGUCGUGUCCACUCAGUCGACGAUCCCUUCAGAGAAGUACACGACAGCCCUGCAAGUCGCGAGCCAGCUGGUGAAGCUGACGGACUACACUGUGCUUGAGAAAGAGAAGACCUGCGUGCUCACUGAAGUGGGUGAGCUCAAGGUUUCCGGGGCCCUGAAGAAGGAUGACCUCUUCGACCCCCAGGACCCAUGGGCUCCCUUCAUCGUCAACUCUCUGACGGCCAAAGAGCUAUACCAGCGAGACCGCCAGUACCUGGUGCGAGAUGGCAAGGUUGUGGUGGUGGACGAGUUCACGGGGCGACCGGUCGAUGGGCGGAGCUGGAGUGAUGGGCUGCAGCAGGCCAUUGAAGCCAAGGAGGGCGUCGAGAUUCAGCCGGAGGCUGUUGUGCUUGCCUCCAUCUCCUACCAGUGCCUCUUCCGGCUGUUCAAGAAGCUGUCAGGGAUGACGGGCACCGCCGCCACAGAAGUGCAGGAAUUGGAGUCCAUCUACAACCUGACGGUCAACUGCAUCCCCUCCAACAAGCCAUGCCAGCGCUUGGAUGAGGAGGACGAGGUCUACACCAGCGAAGGGGGCAAGUGGAGGGCCGUCACCCGGGCCACCUGCGAGGCGCACAGCCUUGGGCGACCGGUGCUCGUCGGAACCACGAGCGUGGAGAGCUCCGAGGUCCUCGCUGGAUAUCUCAGCCGGGAGGGUCUCACGUACAAGCUGCUGAAUGCCAAGCCUGAGAACGCUGCGAGGGAGGCUGAGAUUGUGGCAGCCGGGGGCCUCCCUGGGGCCAUCACGAUUGCAACCAACAUGGCUGGCCGAGGGACAGACAUCGUGUUGGGGGGCGAUGGCAAGGCCAUGGCCAAGUUGUACAUGAAGGAGGCUUUCCGCGCCGCGCAUUCCGGAGCAGACGACGAGAACCUUCCAGACCUCUCGGAGCUAUGCCUGCCCCUAUCAGAUUCAGUCCAAGAAGAGUUGGCGCACGCUUGCUCUCUCUUGGUCAGCGCUGCUCCCGCGCUGGAGCUGGCCGAUGUCGAGCGAGUUUUGCUGGGCGAAGCACUGCCCCAAGCAGACGAGGCCAUGCUGGCGGUGCAGGCUCUGAAGGUAGCCUACCAGAAGGCACAGGCCCAACUCCUCGAAGCGGCCGGGCACCAGGGCCGCAAGGUCGUGGAGGCUGGCGGCCUCUGCGUCCUCGGAACGGAGCGGCACGAGGCCCGGCGAAUCGACAACCAGCUCCGGGGUCGCGCCGGCCGCCAGGGCGAUCCCGGAAGUUCCCGAUUCGUCCUGAGCCUGACGGACAGGGUCUUCCGCGUCUUUGGCGGGGACACGGUUCGCAUGCUGACAGCAGACAUGGGUGGUGCCGAUGACGUGCCCAUGGUUUCCCCUCUGGUGUCGGGAGCCAUAGACGAGGCACAGAAUCAAGUCCAGAGCUUCUUCUUCGGAAUCCGCAAAGACGUCUUCAAGUACGAUGACGUCCUGGACCAGCAGAGACAAGUUGUCUACGGCGUGCGGCGGAAGGCACUCCUGGAUUCAGACGAGGGCGUCCUGGACUCCUUGCGAAGCUACUGCACAGAGAGCAUGGAGGAACUUGUUGAGCAGCUCAUAUCUCCCAGUCAGCCGCUGGACGCCUGGCCGCUGGAGCGCAUGGCGACGAAGCUGUCGGCAUGGUUUACUGGCACCCUGACCGUGGCACCCGGCGACCUCCGCGCCGCAGCCGGCGCCGGGGGUGCGGAGGGCUGUGGGGCGCUACGGCAUUGGAUACAGCAGGAAGGCCUGAAGGCCAUCGACCGGAAAGCCGCCAGGAUUGAUGAGGAUGCACCGCGGCUGAGCCGGGCAGUGUUUCGCCAGGUGCUGUUGAUGCAGAUUGACAGCUACUGGAGGAAGCAUCUCAAGUACAUGACCUUCCUGAGGAACUACUCAAAGCUGCGAAGUUACGGGCAGCGAGACCCGCUUGUGGAGUACAAGCUCGAGGGAUACAAAGCCUUUCAGGUGAUGAUGGGCAAGAUUCGCCGUGAUACUGUCUACUACCUCUUCACGUUUCAACCUAGGCCUCUGCAGCCAAUUCCCAGCGAUCGCUUUGCCGACCGGGUACCUCCACAGCCCGAAUCGGGGCUGGUCUCAGAGGUCUUGGCACUUCUUGCGGAGGCGCACCCUCCGGGUUUGCUUCCUGUCACUGAUGCCCGCCUGGUCGCGCUGUUUGAGAAUUCAGGCUUAAAACCUGAUGAGGAGCGUCUACACUGGCUCCAGUCAGCCGAUGGCGUCGAGGUGCUGGAGGAUGCCUUUGCGCGGGCGGCUUACAUAAGGGUUGGCCCCAGCUGA